AUGAUUAUUUUGAAUUGGGGUAUACUUGGUGCUGGUAAUAUUUCAAGCCAGUUUGUUAAUGAUUUAAUAUUAAAUAAUAAGAGGGAAACUGAAUACAAGCAUGUAAUUAGAUCAAUUGGUUGUUCUUCGAUUGAAAAAGGUGAAAAAUUUAUUAAUUUUGAUUCUGAUUCAAAUUAUGGGGUUACCCCAAUUGUUGAAACUUAUGAUAAUUUCUAUAAGAAUGAUAAUAUCGAUGUUGUUUAUAUUGGUACUCCACAUACAUUCCAUAAAGAACAAGUAAUCAACUGUUUGAAUAAUAAUAAACAUGUACUUUGUGAAAAGCCAUUCACGGUGAAUAAGUCAGAUGCUGAAGAAUUGUUGAGGUUAGCCAAGGAAAAGAAAUUAUUCAUUAUGGAAGCUGUUUGGACCAGAUUCUUUCCUGCUAUUGCUGAAUUAAAGAAGAAAAUUGCAGAAGGUGCCAUUGGUAAACCAUAUCGUUUAUUUGCCGAUUUAAGUUAUAAUGCAAAUGUAGAAUCAUUACCAACUUAUUCAAGAGUAAGAGAUAGAAGACUAGCAGCUGGUGCUUUAUUAGACAUUGGUAUUUAUCCAAUCACAUAUUCUAGAAUUUUAUUAGAUGAUAAAUUAGGAAAAGAUCAUACUAAAUUUGAUGUCAAGUCAUUUUUGACAAUUGAUGAGACUGAUCAGGUAGAUCAUUUAGGCUCAAUUAUUAUUAAAUAUCAAGAUGGUAAACAUGCAGUUUUAACAUCGUCUGAAUUGAUCAACGGUCCUUCUGCUUAUGUUAGAUUAGAAGGUUCAAAAGGUCAUAUUGAAAUGUAUAGUGAUAAUCCCGCAGCAGCAAGGCAUUUCAAAAUAUUUGACAUUAAUGGAAAAGAAAUUUAUGAAUUUAAAGACGAUUCAGGUUAUAAAGGGUUUAUUUAUGAAGCUAAUUCCGUUGCUGAUGAUAUAGCCAAUGGUAGGUUAGAAAAUAGUAUUAUUCCACAAGAUGAAACAUUGUUGGUUAUGGAUAUAUUGGAUCAUAUCAGAAAAGAAAACAAUUUGGUAUACGAUCAAGAUAAGUAG